GUGCCUAUUGAGGAUAUCAUCGAAGAGGAGAAAUCAUCGCGGAAAUCGCCACCCGAGUCUGAGAAGGAGAAAACCCGUGAUGUUUCGCUCUCCAUGGCACCUUUGCCCAUCCCAUUGGGCCCGCUCGGCGGCUUUGCAGAUAUCUUUAAGCUAGAUCAAUUCUUUUCAGACGAUGGAAAAAUUAUUAUAAUGGCAGGUCCUGUGCCUGUGGCCGUACCACAACCCGAGCCCCACUCAGUGGGCGGCGUGCUCGUCCACAUGCCCCACGUUUGUUCCGUAUGUAUUUCGAAGUAUUCCGAUAAGUAUUAGCAAACCUUAUAUAUUAUAUCUUACGUUCUUUGGUUGACACCCUUCAAUGGCGAAUAAUAUUCAAGUUUCAAGUUUUCACACAAACACA